AAGAGCAGUGCAAAACAGGAAAACUAAAGCAAACCACACACAAGUGCUUUAAGCAUUAGCGUGGUUUAUUAGUGUUAAAGAUGGAGGUUAUAUAUGACAAUGAUGAAACGUGUUUUCAGUCUGAGGUAAUAAACAGAGACAGAGUGGAGAGGAUUGUGGAAAUCUAUGACACUGGAGAAUAUUUGAAGGAUCAAGACUUCAGGACAGAUACAAACACCCAACAGCCAGUGCAGUGGAAAGGAAGUCAGUCUUUGAGGAUCAGAGUCUACAGAUCAGUAAUAGUGUGUUUGGGGCUUCUGUGUAUUCUGCUGGUUACAUUCAUAGUGAUGUUUGUCCUGAUCAAUGCAAACAGCCACCAGUGUCACAACCAAACACCCAGAGAAGACAGAGACUGGCUACUAAACAAGGAUACCAAUCUUUCAAAAGAGAGAGAUCUGCUACUAACCAACGACACCAACCUCACAGAAGAGAGAGAACUGCUCCUAUUCAAUGAUACCAACUUCACAAAAGCAAUAGAGAAAUUGAUAUUUGGGAAUAAAAAUCUGUCCUAUGAUAGAGAUAAGCUGAUAGGUCAAAUGAAGAAUCUUCAGAUGUAUCUUGGUAAAGUGGAUGGCUGGAUUUACUUUCGAUUCAGUUUUUACUACAUUUCCAAUGAAUGGAAGAGCUGGGAUGACAGCAGAAGAUACUGUAGAGACAGAGGAGCAGAUCUGAUCAUCAUUGACAACAAAGAGGAACAAGAUUUUAUUCAGAAAAUGUCUGAUGGAAGAUCUCUCUGGAUUGGUCUGUCAGACAGUGAUGAGGAGGGAAGAUGGAAAUGGGUUGAUGGCAGCGCACUGACCUCUGGGUCAUGGUGGUCUGGAGAACCCAACGGCGGGAAAAAAGAGAACUGUGUUAUUUCUUAUAAAUCAGUCUGGUAUGAUUAUCCAUGUACUACACUUUACGGAUUUAUCUGUGAGAAGAGGGCAUUAAAAGUGUUCAUUGAUUUGAUUAUACAGUAAACUGUGAACACACAUACAGAUCUUUCCCUAUUAAAGACAUUUAGACAUGUUGUAAGUAUUUUUGUCCAAAGUUGUUCAUUCAGCCUCAACCAGUAACAAAGCUUUGUUAUUCAUCAAUUUAAUUAAUGAAAAACUUGAGAAACAUACUGUAUAUCUUUCUUACUCCAUUAAACUUUUGUAUUUUUUUGUUCUGUGUUUAAAUGUCUGUAUUUAAUGUCGAUGUCAUGUUAUCGGCACAGAUCAAUAGGUUGUAUAUAUUAUAUCUUUUUAUCUUACCUGCAUCAAAAAGCACAUGUAAUGCAACUAUGAAACCUAAACCUGAAUGUAUGU